GCCUGUGCACCAGAUGGAAUCCUGAUGAGAGUCAUUUGAUUCAUCCAAGCAUCACUCUUGUACCGCUGUUUUCUGGUCUUCUGGUCUUCAUCGCUGAAUGACAUAAACUCAAUUGAUUUAGGACUCGUCAUCUUGUCGUCCUUACGCAGGCUACGAGCCACCAUCCUGUAGGCCUCAGCUCGCCAUGUCCCACUUCACCAUCCUACCCGCAACCGAUGCCGACGUCCAAGAACUGAUUCACGUCCUCCAAAUGACAUUAGGCAAGACAGCAAUGUACGCCGCGAUGAUGCCGUACGAUACGGACGGAUCUAUCCAGCGAAUGAUGCACGAAGGCAGGAUCCGAGGGGCUUUGAGAGAUCCAGCUGUGAGGCUGUUCAAAAUGGUGGUUAGCAGACGGGUCGAUACAGAGGUGACGGGUCCAGAUGAAGGUGAAGGCGAAUGUGCAGGCGAAAACGAGAGCAGAGAUACACUAUGCGGAUGCGUUGCGCUCAAGCUGGACGAAGGCCGCGUGGUCAAGAGUUCAUCCGAUGGAUCAGUGAGAACGGAAGCUGGGGACGCUAUCCGAUCUAUCACGUCUCUACCAGGUGGGAAUGAAGAUGCUCUGAGAGCUAUACUGGAGGGCGUAGCGAGAUUAUACGAUGGCAUGAGCGGAAGGCAUUACGGUAUCGAGAUGCUAGGCGUCUUGCCUGCGUAUCAGAAUCAAGGACUAGCAACGCGUCUCAUGGAGCAUUGUCUGCGCAUCACUGAUUCGGAAUCCCCUUCACUCCCGACUUGGCUCACUGCCCUCCCAGGGGCCAACAGCGUCUACACACGGCAUGGAUUCGUGGGCGUAGAUGAGGACGUAGUAGAUCUGAACGCGUAUGAUCCAACAGGCAGACACCUGGGAUCAUUCGCACAUCGAUCAAUGAGACGACCACCAAAACAGCCAGCUGGAGAGAAAGCAUAAGAAAGAAUAGAU